UCAUCUCGCUCGUCUCCGAGGCUACGGGGGGCCAAUGUUGAUUUGGAUGAAUACCUGCAGUUGCCGGACCCAGCCUAGGUUGAUUUGUUUUUUUAAAGCUGGGUUCACCACCGGAAAACGGGACGCUUCGGACUGAGAAUAUUGCUCGCUCGCGCCGGGAAUCGUUGUUUUUCUGGACUGAGGAGAGGUGGGGAGCCGGGGGUGGGGAGGGGGGCUCAAUCGGCGGGGGCUGCAAGGAGGGUCAGGCGGAGACUGUAUCCUCCGUGCUCGGGCCAUCUGCGCCGAGCUCGGUCUGAUGGUUCCACUGAAGCCCUAACCAGGGGGCCGGGGGUCCACGGAGAGGAUCUGAAACCCGGCGUCGGCUGCGGAUGACCGUGGAGGGGAGUGGAGCCGCUUUCUCAGCCUUUCCUCGCCGUGGCGCCGCAUUAGCAGCAACUGUCGGGGAUUCUUCUUCUUCUUUUUUUCUUUUUUUUUUUAAUUUUAUUUUUUCUUCUUCUUCAAAACGGGUUAACGCUGCGUUUCUGCUGGGUAGAGAAAACACAGAGAAGAUCUAAGAGAGAUUAAACCGGCUUGAGGAGGCUGCAGGGCGGCCCAAAGCCACUGAUUGCUCCGUUGACAGGUUGUCAUCAUGGGCAACGCGCCCACGGCCAGAAAGGGCAACGAGAUGGAAAGCGUCAAGGAGUUCCUUGCUAAAGCCAAAGAGGACUUCCUCAAGAAAUGGGAGAAUCCUUCACAGAACACUGCUAGCCUGGAGCAGUUUGAGAGGUUGAAAACCUUGGGCACGGGCUCGUUUGGCCGCGUUAUGCUGGUGAAGCACAAAGAAACGGGACAGCAUUACGCCAUGAAGAUCCUCAACAAGCAGAAGGUGGUGAAGCUUAAGCAAAUAGAGCACACUCUAAACGAGAAGAGGAUCCUCCAGGCUGUCAGCUUUCCCUUUCUUGUGCGGUUAGAGUAUUCAUUCAAGGACAACACCAACCUUUACAUGGUUAUGGAGUAUGUACCAGGUGGAGAGAUGUUUUCCCACCUACGAAGAAUUGGCAGAUUCAGUGAGCCGCACGCUCGGUUCUACGCUGCUCAGAUCGUGCUGACCUUUGAGUACCUGCACGCUCUGGACCUGAUCUACAGAGACUUGAAACCUGAAAACCUGCUCAUAGACCAACAGGGCUACAUACAGGUUACAGAUUUUGGCUUUGCCAAACGGGUAAAGGGCCGGACCUGGACACUGUGUGGCACCCCAGAAUAUCUGGCUCCAGAGAUCAUCCUCAGCAAGGGAUAUAACAAGGCAGUGGACUGGUGGGCGCUGGGUGUUCUGGUCUAUGAGAUGGCAGCAGGGUAUCCUCCUUUCUUUGCCGAUCAGCCAAUUCAAAUCUAUGAAAAGAUUGUAUCAGGGAAGGUUCGUUUCCCGUCUCACUUCAGUUCAGACCUGAAGGACCUACUGAGGAACCUCCUACAGGUGGAUCUCACAAAACGCUUUGGGAACCUCAAAAACGGAGUCAACGACAUCAAAGGACAUAAGUGGUUCGCAACAACUGACUGGAUUGCCAUCUACCAGAAAAAGGUGGAAGCUCCCUUUGUUCCAAAGUUCAAAGGUCCAGGCGAUACCAGCAACUUUGACGACUAUGAAGAGGAGGAGAUCCGCGUCUCCUUCACCGAGAAAUGUGCCAAGGAGUUUGCUGAAUUCUAGAGUUAGAGGAGAAGAAAUAAGGAAAAUAGGGAAAGUCUAAGGUAGGCUGGUCAAAAGGGAGACACAAGAAAAGUGUACUGUCUUCUGUCCAAAUAUAAGCACCAGCUACAAAAAAAGAAAAAGGGAAAAAAAUCGAAUAGAGGUGUGUGGAAAAAGAGAGCGGAGACUGAUAACCAGCAGUGUUGCCUUUUCUGUUGCGUUUCUGUUGUGUUUUAUUUAUUGUCGUCUUAUUUAUGAAUCCCUUUAUAACGACGCUGUGUUUCAUGGGUGUCGGGAGCCCCACCGACUUAGAGUUGCCUCUACGCAUUCCCGCCCGAGAUCUUCCCGUUUCUGCAUCCGUUUCUGUUCCGUUCGUUUCUGCGCCACAGCAAAGACGAGUCAACACGUCAAUCUGCCGGUCAUCGCACGAGCGCGCACGCAAGAUAUCAUCGGUUCAUGCCGAUGAGAUGGUUUGAGCAAAACACAACACACGUUAAGAUAAAUGCCCAUGUGAUAUAUAGUUUGUCUUGAGUUCACCUGACCCAUCUCAUUAAUGAAACACUUCAAAGGCACGAGGGGCCAAAAGAAAGACGAAACAAAAAGUCAGGUACGUCUGUUGUGUAACUCCAUCUACGGCUCUUAUUAUUGUUAAUAUAUACAGACUUUGUACAUAUCUGCAGUACUCCAUUUUUAAAUGUUAGUAGGUACUUAGUGGCUCCAGUGAAACCAUACCAUGCUAACGUUACAGUACGACAACAUACCAAUAAAAAGGACGGCUUUCUCUCAGUUUCGACGGUGUUGUCAGAAAAACACCAACCGCAUAAUGGAAACUCAGGUUUGAACAUAUCACUUAACAGACAUUUAUCUCCAUAAAGCCUAAGGRUCAGCAGGUAAAUCUCGGAGUACAGAUUUGGGAAUUUGAAGUUCUGGUUUUAAACGAGUUUAAAAGGAACAAAAAAAAAAAAGAGGGACUAUUUAGAGUUUUAGUUGGCGUCUUCCACACUUUAUCCCUUCCAGAAUAUUUGGUCAGUUUUGAUAGAAAAGCACUUCCUGUUUCAGCUCAGAGCUAAUUUACUACAUGAGAUUAUUCUACUUGUUGAAACAACCGUUUGGCCCCCCUGGUUUUGACUUUUAGACACCGUGUGAGGCAGAGGACCUCCGACUGCUUCUGGCUGAGGGUCAGCAGCGCUCCGGUCUGUACGGAUGGCAAUCAGGAUGGUGGGCUUUACCUUGAUCAUUGCUCAUAUCACAAAAGAGAACCAUGCAAACUCUGUCAUCAUUUCUUUUGUGUGUGUUCAGGACAUGCACUAGUUUUGCUAAGUUUCAUUUUAUGUGUAUGUAUUGAUGAUCUGAAAAUGAUUGGUACUCUGUUUGUCAAGUUAGAGAUGGGUGAAGCACCAGGAGGUGAAUAUGCAUCGGGGAAUUUUGUAUUGAACAUGUUUUUCCUCAGAGAAUUUGUUUCCAAAGAGGCUAUUGGUAUAAUAUUCACACCAGAUGUUGCUAGCAACCCAAAUAAUCUGUGCAUGCAAAGAAAUAAAAGCAACUAAGUCCAUAAAUCAGGUUGCAUAUUAUAAAGUUGAAUUCUCUUAAAUAUUUGAAAGAAAAGCUUUAAGGUGUCUCCCGUAUAUAGAAACCAGUUGAAGUUCUCAGUUGUCAUUUUGACCUAUUUGAUUAAAACUGUCUUCAGAUUUCUUCGCCACUCCCUGAUAACCAAUUAUUUCUAUAGAGUUUCUAAUUAUGUUCAAGUCAGGUGACUCACUGAGCCGUUUUUCUGUCCUCUGGUUCCUUUUCCGACACCGGAUUAGAAGUUCCCAUGACUGUAUUUUUGGGAUCAUUGUCUUUCUGAAACGUGCUGUUGCACUCCUUCCUAUCUUGCCGCUGGCAUUUUAAAAGAUACCUGUUACAUGAGGAGGAAAUUAAGGCCAUUUUGUAAAACCUCAAAUCCUGUCAUGUUUUUCAAGUGUUUGUUACUUUUGAUCAGCUUUGUCUGUUUAUACUAGAGACAAAUAGGACAAUUUUUUUUAAUGCUCUGCAGUCAUGACCAGUCAUGUAUUGCGUUUUCAUAACCACGCCAUCUUUUAAUUUCUCCUUAGAAAGAUUAAACAAAAAACAGACCCUAUGGGAAUUACAUUUCUAUGCUCUGAGAGCGCCCCCUAGUGUUCAAACAAUUACUAACCAAAUUAAUCAGAACACAACAGCUGCAGCUGACAUGACUUUGUAGCAGCUGCUGCAUGUAUAACAACCACUCCCAUGUGGCAAGAUUUUGUUUAUAUUAUAAUUAAAGUCAUGUAUAGUGACGCAAUAUACAUUAUUUUCCAAUAAAAUAAUUUCCUGGAGGCAAAAGAACGAUACAAAAUAUUGUAACGAGGGCAUUACUAAGAAUAUCUUGGUACAUUUCUUCCUAUAAAUGCUGCCAGUACCACAUCCUGUAAGACAGGCCCACAGUAUAAGGUUCCCCCCUCCGAAAGUCACUAUCAGUGUGGUGUUUUUGGGUUUGGUGGUCAAUGCCAUUUCUUCUCCAAACAUUGUGUGCAGUGACAUUCAAAGAUUAAUGCUGGUCUCAUCUAAAGAUGAUAAUCCAAUUUUCCACUGACUUGACCAAAAUGUUCUAUAGCAGACUUGGAGCAAACUUUCCGGUCAAUGAGGCCAUUGUGGUUUAUUUCCAUGAUUUAAAAAAAAUUGGAUUACUAAAGCUCAGUGAGAGCAAUUCUUUGCUUUUGGAGACUUGUUCUGAUCACUCUUUUUUGUCAGAAAUGUUUACAAAAACCACCUAGUCGUGGCUGAUUUUUGGUGAAAUUGUGUUCUUUCCUCCUCCGGAUAAUGGCUGUAAUGGUUCAGUGCCAUUUGUAUUUUUGCAAUAAUAGGGUAGUGGAGGUCGUAAAAUUGCUUCUUACGUUUUUCUGGCGAUAGCAUAAAAGACAAAUUGUUUAUGCUCUCGCCUAAAUCAGCUGUCAUGAAUUAUUGACAACUGAACUAAUACGAGACAGGAUUGCUUACUACGCAGUUACAGAUUUCAGUUAUGUUUUAGUUGCCUUUUUCACUCAAGCUUAUUACAAAUAACUUAAUUUCUGGAGUAAUUUAGGUCGAUCUUGCUGUGAGUGGGAGUUUCUUGGGUUGCUACAGACAUCUAGUGUGAAUUUUAUGUCAGUAGGACUAAUAGAAAUGUGUUUACUGAGAAGAACUAUGUUUGUUCAUUGCUUUCCUGCUAUAACUUGUUGAAAUAUCCUUUUACAUGUUCGCCAAACAACCUGGUGAUUUGAAGCUUACGACAAAGGCCACCUCGGAUGUUCGGGGGUCUCUUUGCUUGACACAGUUUGACAGCAGGGCAUUAAAACAAUGUCCUGAGAGGAUUAAAUUUUGUUUCAGGCGUUAAAUUAUAAUUUAAUCUUUUACCUUAUUAGGGAUGUGAAAUAUUACAGUUCAGAUAGGCGCAAGGAAUUCCUUUCAUCAUGUUUUCUGUCAAGAGUCUCAACUUCGUGAAAAAUCUCAGAUAUGAGAAAAAUAUGAUUGGCCUUUUGUUUGAAAUACACAUCUGCAAUGUUACUAGUCUGUGUGCGUCAUUUGUAAAUUAGAGUGGUGUUUGAAACGGCUUAACAUGGAGGCAUUGUCCAGGUGGACGACUUGGGUUCACAGUAUCCUUUACCACACGUGUCUCUUAGGAGAGACCAUUCCCGUCCAUCUAUCUACUGUCUUCCACUUAUCCAAGAUCGGGUCCAAGAGGGAUCCCCAGACAUCCCCCCACCCCCAUUAGCAUGAUCCGGCUCAUUCUGGGGGAUCCCAAAGCGUUCCCAUGCCAGAUGGGACAUAUAAUCCAACUAGUGAAUUCUGGGUCUUCCCCUGGGUCUCCUUCCAGUGGAAUGUGAUCAGAAAACGUCCAGAGGGAGGCACCCAAGGGGCAUUCUGAUCAGAUGCCCAAACUGCCUCGACUGACUGUUUCAAUGUGGAGAAGCAUUGACUGAGUCCAACCAUCCUCCAGAGGAAGCUCAUUUUGGUCGCUUGUAUCCAGGAUCUCAUACUUUCAGCCUCUUUUCUUAUCUUCUUACCAUAGGUGAGGGUCAGAACCUAGGUCAGUAAAUUGAAAGCUUAGCUCUUUUUUCAGCACAACACGUCACAGCUGCAUACAAAGCCCCAAUCCAUCUGUUGAUCUAGCAUUCUGUCCUGCUAUCACUCGGGAACAAGACACCUAGAUACUUAAACUCCUCCACUUGAGGCAGAGCCUGACCCCUGACUGAGAGGGGAGCCGUCUUCCUUAAAGGAGCUGACUCUCAUCCUGGCUGCUUCACACUGUGCAGUGAACCACUCCAGUGCCCACUGGAGGUCAUGGGCUGAAAAAGCCAACAGAACCCCCAUCUUAAGUAAAAAAAAAAAGUAAAAAUGAGAUGCUGAGGUUUCCAAACCAGACGCCCUCCCCUACAGGAUUAUUCCUUGAGAUCCAUGAAUAUCGGUGGAGUCCAGAGCACACUGGGAACAGGCUUCACUUUAUGCCGAGGAUACAGACCCCAGCUCUUGCUUUGGCCACUUUGGGCAGACAUAGAUUGGAUACCCAGCCAGACACCCCAUACUUGUGAAGAACAGCUUCCAAAAUACCUGGGAUGGACCUGGUCAUAAGCCUACUCCAGAUCCAUAAACGACAAGUAGAACUGACAAGCAAACGCACUCAGCAGUUCUGCAAACUAAAAGAUGUAGCCCACUGCUCUAUGAGCCACAUCGCACUUCCUGUAUCCGAGGUUCAGCUAUCAGUCAGAGCCUCCUCUCCGAUACAGCGAAGGUCUGAUUUGGCUUUAUCGAUAAACAUCAAAUAAGAGAACUUGCAGGAAGAGACAUUAUCACGUCUGGUAAAAAUGUUAAUUACAGAAAUACAUUAGUGUAGUACCAUAAUAUCACACAUUUUUUAAAUAUUCCAACUUGUUAUUGAAGUCAAUUUACUCAGUGAGGAAUGAAAUACCAUGUUAGGAAAUAAUUGCUUUCAACAAUGUGACACAGUUACUGGGAGCCCUGUGUUAAGACUUCAAACAGCCACCUUUUUACAAUAGUGCAGCACAACGGCAUUUACAGAGAUGGACUUUUGGCCGUUUUCCUUUACGUUAUCCUCUCUAGAUUCUCCAGAGUCUUGGCUCUUCAAACUAUUUUCAGUUUACUGAAGCCACCAGGUUUUUCUCUAAAUCAUCAGGUAUUUCAAAGAACUUAUGAUGCCCUAAUUAACAGGCUCACAGCGUUACAGAUCCUCCACCGUCCUUCAGUCAACAUGACAUUUACACGUGUUCAUACUUUGUUUCAAACCCACUUACAGUGUUUGUUGCUGAAAAGCUUAAUCUCUGUUUCAUCUGACCAAAGCUCGUACCGCUGUUUAAGGUCUCAGUAGAGUUUUGUAAACUGUCCGUGUUUCUGUUAAUGAAGGAGGGACUUGGAAAGGCUUCGUGCCUCACAUGCAGCCGGGUGGCUUGUAGACGGGAUCUCAUGAUUGUUAUGGAGACUUGGCAUCCCCCAAAGAUGUCGUUAUUUGCUGCAGUUCUCAGUUCAGCUCUGUUCUCUGAAUUAAAAUGUUUCUACUGCAUCUAUUUUAAAGGGAAUGUUGGGACUAAAAAAAAGAAUGGCUCUGGUAACUUUGUUGAAAAUAAUCUAUUACAUUCUAUCAUUCAAUUAUUUCCCCCACUGAAUAAACGUACUCAAGAGAAAGUUUGGACUUUCUAUUUUUUCUAGUGGGAGAUCAUCCCGCUGCAGUAAAUUCUGGAUUCAUUAUAUGUUUUGGGGGUUUUUUUGUACACUUCUUUGGAAAAAUAGGUUUGUCUUGUCAGUUCCCUUAUUACAAAUGCAGAGUGGGUUAAGAUCUAGAAACACUCAGUUCACAUCUCUCACAUCGUUUAACACGUAUGUGGUAAAUUUGUUGCAGUUUAAGCUGCUGGUUUUAUGGUGAAACUCUUAAGGCAAAAGUGUGUUUACUGGCUGUAUUGUUAUUACUACUGUGUGAACAGAGACAGAAUGCGAGUUUGGUCGGAGUUACAGCGAACCUGGAACACUUAAUUGCAGAAUAAAAACACAUACUACAUCUGGAACAAUGGUCCACUGUAACAUUAUUUAUUUUACCUUGUGAUUCACAAGGAAAGAGUCUGAAAUUUUUAGGCGCCUUCAUAAAAUGACCUAAUGUUAUGCUUCACAUUUGUUUUUCUCUAUCCUUGUGUGUUAAGUGGUAGGAAAUGAAUUACCACAAUAAAUCUGGGGCUUGUUUAUUUUGUUCAUGCCAUGUAAGGCCACUUGGUUUGAAUUAAAAAAAAAAAAUGUCUCUCUUGAGUUGUUAUGUUCAGUGUUCUGUCAAUUUUUUUCUUGAUGAAUCUGAAGAUAUGUUGGCAGAAAGAUGGCAGCCUUCUGGUCGUCAUCCGCUUGCUCACUGGUUAUGAUAGCCUAAUUUAUAGACUAUUACUAUCAUCAUGAUAUUGUUUACAUCUGUGGUUGGGACAUCACAUCCCCAACAUUUCCUUCAUGUCGGGUUCAGUAUGCAGCAUCCUUGAGACACUUUUGCAGAGACACAACUUCUUCUCAGUGCAGGCACAAUGCUGGUACAUAAGAGCCUACUGUCGCACUUUUUAGGGAAAUGAGACCUCCCUCCUCCCCAGCCAGUGUAAACCAUAUCGACCCAUGCCACACACACACACACCCAUACACACAAAACACUCUUGUGAAUGGAAGCAUCUGAAGUCACGGGAACAGUGACAUAAAAACAAGUGUAAUAUUUUGCAACAUGAGUAUCAUUCCAAUAAAGUUUUACUUGUAAAAUCUC